UGGCGUCGGAAGAGGAAAAUUCUGAAGAUUUAUGAUCAAGGCUUUGGCAUUCAUGCGAAAUUUUCAUCCACCAGAAUAUUUCCUAGUAACCGAGUCAUGAAAGAAAAUGUGCCAAAAUUCUGAGCGAUUUUGUCGUGAUUUUGGAGCUAACGUAAUUAUUUCGAGAAGACGCGAUCAUCACAAACCCGCCGCUGCGGUCGUCGAUCUCGAUGGAACGUUUGAAAGUGCUUCUGUUUGCGUGGCAUUCAUUGACUUUCAACGCACAGCUUUCUCGAGCAGUUGUAGUUGACACCAUAUUUGAACCAGUAUUCUGCCUCUUUGAUUUUUUUGUUCGGAUUUUAGGGCCGGUAAGGAACUAGCUAACUUGUACCUUUGGGACGUGAUGGGAUGGGGAGAGUGCGAUGGGGUUUGGGGGCGGGAGAAACGAGAGAUGUAAGACGCAUCGUGGGAAACUAGAUUGGAUAAACUUUGGGCUAUUUAAUCCUCACACUUUUAAGAUAAGAGUUGACACGGUAGGUUAAUGGUUAAUAAAAGUUAGGAGGGUGUUUAUACAUGUUUAUACAGUGGAAGUGACGCGUAGUUAAGUCCAAAAUUGAUACGUGACGCGUGUAUUUAAAGAAAGGCGAAUUGAGACGAGAUUUGAAGUUUCUCCUUUUAACGCAUCAAAUACUGUUUAAAAUGCAUGUGAUGCAUGAAUUUCUCAAAAAUUUGUGAUUGAAACUUGAACAGAACCUCCCCAUUGCCACCCUCGGCUCUGCCAAGGGUUCCAAAGGAUGUUCAAUUUUGAAACCUCCCCCCCUCCCCUCCUUCUCGUCCUCCUCUUUCCCCCACUUCAGUCCUUCAUUGUUGCAUCUCACUGAGUAUUUUACUCCUACCAAGCAUACACAAUGAGCAUUCAUGAUCACAAUGUUCUUUUGUUUUGUACACUGUUUAUUUCAGGCAUUCCUUUUAGUCGUGAUUGGUCUUACUACGUCUGUGGUGGUGAUCUAUUAUGCAUAUUUGUUGCCUGUUAUCCAAGAGUACAGCACACCUUGGGUUGUCUUUCAUUUAAUAACAGCUCAUUGGCUUUUGAUCAACAUUGUUUUUCAUUAUUUUAAAGUUGUCUUCACGUCACCUGGUCUAGCCCCUCAGGUAAUUGAUAUAAUUAUUAAUUUUAACUCCUGAGAACAGAAUGAGAAUUCUUCCCUUUGGGGUUUUACACAUUUCCUUGUAAAUAAAUUACAAUAAUUUGAGAUGAGAUCAAGAUAAAAACCUCCAUCUGACAAGUUUGAGUAUUCUUGUUACCUGUUUGUUAGAUGAUGUAUAAAUAUUAUAGGGAGAAUUUACAUGUGUAUCACUUCUGGGACUGAAAGAGUUGACACAUUGAUUUAAUUUGUUGAUGCAUGUCUCUCUCUCUCUCCAGCCAUUGAAGUGUUUAUAAAAGUUGUUCACCAUUGGGAACUAUUGUGCAAUGAGACAAUCAAUAUUAAUUCAUUAUCCAGAUGAAGUUUUAACAAAUAUCCAAAGGACUGAAAUUGAAGAUAAAUAUUUUAUUGCACUUAUUUAUCUCUAUUUUUUGGCAGGAAACUAAUUUAGAAGAUCUGAAAAGUGGGAAAUACAGCCUUUGUAAAAAAUGUAAGUCAGAGACCUUCAUUCACUAUAAAAUAGCCAUCUCUUAAUACAAAAUAAUUGACAUAGUGGUCAUGUUCUCACUGGUUGCUAAGUGUGUUUCAAUGAGACUAGCACUGCUAAAUGCAGUUUUAACAUUUCAAGUCUGUGUAUAACUUUAUGAAGUACUUUACUAAAGGAAAAGUCAAAGUCAGAUUCAUUCAUUGCACAGUCAUAUCGAAACAUCAGGGGAUUGUGAGAAUUCUUAAAAGUUCUUUAAACUCAAUAUACAAUCUCAUGGUUGUAUGACUAUCUUAAAUUCUCCUAACUCCCAUUUUGUUUGGAUAAGCCUAUGUUCUCACUGAAAAAGGCCUUUUAAUGAAAACUUGCUCACAACUUCCAAGAUCUGAUUGUUAAUCCUCCCCUCUAGCUGCUAUACAUUUCCUUGUAAAUGAGUUAUGAGAAUUUGGUGUUAGAUCAAGAUAACAACUUCCAUCCUAUAAGUUUUAUUAUUCUCAUGACCUGUUUGCUGGAUGAGGUAUGGAUAUUAUCGGGAGAAGUUACAUGUCAAUCACUUCUGAGAGUUAAAGGAGGUAUGCUUUUUUCUUAACUUAAAAUUGUUAAGAAUUAGGAAUAUAAUUAUGUGGAUAGAGUAGAGUCAUUUAGAGUUAUUACUUCUUUUUUUUUUUGGGCAGAGACUAAUUGGUUUCAAUUAAAUUUAUCAUUAUAUUGAAGGUGUUCGAAUUAAACCACCAAGAUCACACCACUGCUCAAUUUGCAAAAGGUAAGUGAAAAUGAUUUUACCAUGCUCCAGUCAGUUAACUGUCAACUGUUAUAAUUAACCCUUUACACCCUUGCAUCAGUGUGCAUAUACUCCUUUCUGUUUUCCACAAUUUUCCUAACUUAAAGGUGCUAACAAGGAAAAUUUUUAUAACAAUCAAGAGCUUAGCAUCAGUAUGUAUAUUCUCCUUUCUGUUCUCUACACAUUUCCUAACCUAAAAGCGCUAACAAGGAGUAUUUUUGUAACAGUCAUUAAGCUGAUGAUCAUUUCUUUUAAUUAUUAUUGCAAUCUUAAUGUGUGAUUCAGGGGUGAUCUUGUAAGGAGAUAUUAGGUGCUGGUCAAUCUUAGGGGUUAAAGAGUUAAGUAUAUGGAAUGCUUGAAAGUUACCACAACAGCCAAUCAGAGCUAAGGAAAAUACCCUAGAGCCAAUAAGAGCUCAAAGCAAAAACAAGCAAACUGUCUAAAGGGUGGAAAAGGUUGUAGACUGAUUAGUUGAAAGGGACUGAUACUAGUUUUCUGGACCAAUCACAAAGCAAAGUGAAGAAAAACCAAUGCAAUCUUGAAUUGAUAUCAUUUUAAUAAUCAUAUGAUAAUAUGUCAGGACUCAAUUGAAAAUUUUUCUUUACCAGCAGAGCCACCUUAACUACCUCUUUUGUUUCUUUUAUGUAGGUGUGUUUUGAAAAUGGAUCACCAUUGCCGUAUCCUUCAGAUAUGUAUUUCUUUUUUGACAGUGAUAUUGUUUUUGUCAGUAAUACUCAAUAAUAAUGAUAUCAUAAAUCUCUCUUUUUACAAACAAUUAAUUUUGUAGUACUAGGGUAUUUUAACUGCUAGUUAUGAUGGCGCCGAAUUUUAUGGUGAAAUUCAGGAAACCAUAAACAUUGGAAGUGUUCAAAGAAUGGUGAAUUAUGUUUUGAAGAAAAUGCAAAAUAGACAUUUGAGAACAAGCACACUGGAUUGCUUACAGGAACAGCAGCCAGUUUGUGGUUUUGAGGUUUUUCUGCAUGUCCUAAAAGUAACUGCAUCUGUUUUGUACAUGUCAGAAUAAAACUGUGAUUAAUAUUAUCUUGCACCUCAAUUUCUAAUUAUUUUUCCUACAUGUUCACCAAGAUUGCAGCUGCACUUUUUGCUUUUUCCUUGACCUUAUUUGAAAUAAAUUAGCAUGGAUUAAUAACUGUGUGGGCCAUUUCAAUCACAGAUAUUUCAUAUCAUUCUGCUUCUUUAUGUGUCUUGGAACAAUUUAUGUCACUGUUACUUCCAGCAAUCUUUUCAUCAAACACUUUUUCCAUGACUGGGUAAGUUCUCUUUAAUCUUCUUGCAGUUAUUUUGACUCAUUAAAGUUGUUCCACUGCAUGCUUUCUGUUGAGUAGAAUUAAUUACCAUGUAUUCCUAAAGGUGGAGGGCAAUCAUCCCAACUGCAAAACCUUAGAAAAAUUCAAUCAGAACCAAAGACUGCAUGCAAAACCGUCAAAACUGACACAUUUUCACAUCCCAGUUAUCAAAACUCUAAUUGAUCCGAUACAGUCAGUGAAAAGUGGAGUAUACAGAGGUUUCGAGAUCAGUGGAGGUACAUAAUUGCUUCUCAGAUCAAAGAAAAACCAGGACCCAAAUAGGCAAAACCGGAAACCUAUUUAUUAUUUAGUGAUUUUUACAAAAACUGAAAACCAAAUGCUAUAAAUCAGAAAAUCCACAAACUGCAGUGAAGAUCAAAACCAGUUUUUUGGCACAAAAAGCAAAAGGCUGAUCUAAUAAAUAGCCAAAACCACAAAAUAGAAAACUCAAUCCCCCAUCCUAAAGAUACAAAUUCAGCAUUUGUUGAAUACAUGGCAUUACAUUUUAUGAAAGUGUACAUGUAAAAUGUUUUAAAGUGAUAUUGCUGUAUUGAAAUCCUACUGUUGUGAUGGCUUACUCAGUGGUAAAUCAUGAUUUUGUAAAAAAUUAAUAUUUUUUUGCUUCAGAUGAUGUUUAUUCUUAGUGAUGAAUUGAUAUUAUCUUAGCCACAUAAUGAAGACCUGGAGUCAGUUCAUUGACAAUCUAAUGGUAUCUCUGUCAAUGAUACUGUACUCUCUGAUCAGAGAAUUAUUUUGCUCUUCCUCAACUCUCUUGUCUUCUUUUUGUAGAAUUACAAGCUCAUUCCAAGCUCUAAUGUAUCCAAUGGACAAAAUGCCACAUCAUUGUCCUCAAAACCUGUUUUUGAUAAGUUACAUGUAGGUCAUUUAUUAACGUUUCAAACUCAUUACUGGAGUCUUUGCUCACCCCCAACACCCAAAGGGAUUUACUCCCUAUCAGGGGAGGGUUGAGGUGGUAAGGGAAAAGAACCUAGGAGUGAAGUUGUUAUAACAUGAAGGCAGACAUUAUGUAGGCCUUCAUGAUAACUGACCAUUGUUACUAAUUUGCUUGGGAUUAUAGUUAGCUUAUGCACCUUCUGACAGAGAAAUGAAAUUUGAAUGAGGUAUACCUCCUAAAUUUGAAACUGCAGUAAGCUGGUUGCCAUUAUGCAAAUUAUAACACUUGACUGUGAGUGACAAGAUUUUUGAUGUUAGUUGUCAGUGGGCAAUUAACAUGGGAUUGUUAACAUUAAUUUUUCUUUGUGCUUACCAGUGAUUAUCCCUCUAACCUCUAAGGAUGAUUAGUAUAUAAUUUCUCCUUACAAUAUCAUCCCUGAAUCCCUCAUUACGAUCAUGAGAAUAAAGGAAAUGAUCACCAACUGAAGCUCUUGAUUGUUAAACAAAUUCUCCUUGUCACCACCAUAGGAAAUGUAAUGAAAAAACAGUAUGGAGAUUAUGCAUACAGAUAUGAGGGUGUAAAGGUUUAAAUGAUGCUCCUGAAAUUUUUUCUUGCACUUUUGUACACUCAACUUUAGAUCAUGUGCUAGUAGGAUUAUUUAAAUUUGUAAACAAAAGAAUGUAAUACCUUGCGUUAAGGCAAUGUUGCUUCAUCUGGCUGCUGAACCAAAUGUUGAAUUGCUCACAUAAUACUCACAUAAAAAAGAAACAUGCUUGCCCUGCUAUAGAGGAAAAAGUUAAUUUAGUCUUUCUGGUAUCAUAACUGUUCCCAUAACAAUUAGAUCAAGCUUAUGUUUUUGAGUUACCAUGAUGAUCUUUUUCUUCAGCAGAAAAAAUUUAACCAUGAAUCAGAUGGUGUUUCAGAGUCCGAGCACAGUAGUGUUCUGUAUGUUUUUAUACUUUGCUCUACUGUUACUUUGGCGCUUGGAGUACUGACAGGAUGGCACUGUCAUCUUAUUGGCCGUGGGGAAACAUCCAUUGAAUGGCAUUCUAACAUAGAAGAAGCUAGAACUUUUAGGAAACAAGGCUUGGUAAGAGUUACAACUACUGACACUGAGUUUCAAUUUACUUUAAUCUAUCUAUUCUUGAACUAUUUUCAGAGUCAUACUCUGUACCUCAGAGGUAAGAAGAAGAAAAAAAUGAAAUAAAUGUAACCCAAAAAAAGUUUGACAUUAGUCUGAAAAGGAUAUAGAAAAAUUGCACUGUUGUUCAGAGAUACAGAUGUGAAGUAUACCUUGGCUUGAUUUCUUCUUCCCUUGAAAUAUUCCUUAUUCCUUAGUAAAGAAAUAUUUGUUGUGAAUUCAGUGUAAAAAAUAAUUUUGUUAACUUUGUAUUUCAAACUGCAGGUUUUUAGGAAUCCUUAUAACUUUGGCACUUGGAAUAACUGGAGAAUUCUUCUUGGACUUGUUGAAGGAAGGUGUGGUAUAUUUAAUGGCUAAUGUUAGAUAUACUAGGAAUUCAAAACCAGCAUCUGUUUGGGAAAUUUAACAAAUGCCUCAUUCAAGAGGGAAUUAGAAUUUAGCCCUCUAAUGGAUUCCUUUACGAUAUACAUACCUUGUACCAAAUGAGUUCUAGAUCCACAUUGGAAGUUAUACAUACAGACCAAGUUUUUUACACUUGGACUUAUGGUUAAGGCAUGAAAGUGCAGGCCAAAAGUCUGAGCAAAAAAAGGAGGUACCCUAACUUACUGUAGGGGCUGAAAAUAGGAUAUUAAUUUUAUUGUCGGGUUCAGAUUGAGGGGUAAGGUUUUAAUUCCAACUAACUUUUGAAUUCUGCAGGCUAAACAGAGAAAUACAGUCUGCUUAAUUGACCAAUCAUAAUUUAUUGCAUGCACUAACUGAGAGAUAAAGUUCUUAAUGACAUCACUCUUUGAUCUUUCUUUCAGAUCGUGGCUGAGGGUUCUUCUACCUUCAGUGCAUCCCCCUUAUGGUGAUGGACUGACAUGGCCUCCUCCGCCUGAGAGUGCCGCAAGGAGUAAUGUCAGGAAAUUACACAUUGUGUGAAGAUGAAGUGCAAAUCCCUGUUCCCUUACUUUAGAUAUUCUGCCCAAAGAUAUGCAGUUGCAUUAUGUACAGUACCUCCAGUAGCUAUUUUGUAAUUAAGGUCAGUGAGUAUCUAGUGAAUUACAAAUUCACACAUCACUGAAAGUAAUUCAGGAGUAACCUAUUGUCCUACAAGAGACAAUUAAAAAUAACAGGUAUAAUUCUGCUUUAGGUGUUUUUUAGGUGGUUUUUUUAAAAAUUAAUUUACUAUUUAUACAGGGCUUAUUGCAAGUCUCUAAUUGCUUUACAAUAUAAAAGAAAGAGAAGCAAAUAUUUCAAAUAAACAUAAACUGCUUGAAAAUCGUAACUGGCAUGAGGCAGACCAGCUGGCUAUUUAUUUGAACUUGUGGGGACUGAGAACAAAUGUAGUGAGUAGCAGGGAGGAGGACUUGAACUCAGGAUCACUGCACCACAAGUCCAGUGCCCUAACCAACCACUCUGCUUUCUUGUUAGAGACCUCAGCAAAUUAACAAAUAGACUCCAUGUUGCUGUUCAUCUGUUCAGUAAUAGAUCACAAAUGAUGUCAAAAUGUAGUAAAAAAGCAAAAUGUUGUUAGUGGUGACAUCAUCUGUGCAUCUGUCCUCCAUUAGAUCAUAAACAGGAACCAAUGAAAAUGCAGGAAUAAUUCAGCUUUUUAUAUAUUUAAUGGACUAUUUUUCACAGGCAAAUCACCUCUUAUUUAUAAAUAAAUGUAUCAUUUUGUCUUUUUUAAGUUGUGGCUACCGUUUCAUUUUUGUUUUAGUUUCAUUUCCUGUUUUACAUUACGUUUUAUUUCAUGUGACAAUCUCUAGGGGGAUUGCACGUGCUUUGACAUUUUGGAGAGAGUUUCAUCUUCAUGUAGCUGUUUUGGUUUGCAAAACAGUUCUUUAAUGCGAUUGUAAUUGUGAUUGUGAUUGUAAUGUGAUCAUUAUUGUGAUUUCCCUUUUUCUUGUACGUUAUCUUGUAACG